AUGGGCGGCAAAUCCAAGUUUGAGCUCAAGACCCCCAAGGGCACCAAGGACUGGGAUGGCAAGGACAUGGUCAUCCGCGACAAAAUCUUCAGCACCAUCACCCAAGUCUUCAAGCGCCAUGGCGGCGUCACCAUCGACACCCCCGUCUUCGAACUCAAGGAGAUCCUCGCCGGCAAGUACGGCGAGGACAGCAAGCUCAUCUACGACCUGGCCGACCAGGGCGGCGAGAUCUGCUCCCUGCGCUACGACCUGACCGUCCCCUUCGCUCGCUUCCUCGCCAUGAACAAGGACAUCACCAACAUCAAGCGCUACCACAUCGCCAAGGUCUACCGCCGCGACCAGCCCGCCAUGACCAAGGGCCGCAUGCGCGAGUUCUACCAGUGCGACUUCGACAUCGCCGGCGUCUACGACCCCAUGCUCCCCGACGCCGAGGUGCUGCGCAUCGUCUGCGAGGUCUUCGAGGGCCUCGGCUGGGCGCGCCGCUACACAAUCAAGCUUAACCACCGCAAGAUCCUCGACGGCAUCUUCCAGGUCUGCGGCGUUCCCGAGGACAAGAUUCGCACCAUCUCGUCGGCUGUCGACAAGCUGGACAAGCUGCCCUGGGCCGACGUCCGCCGCGAAAUGACAGAGGAGAAGGGCCUCGACGAGGCCGUCGCCGACCGCAUCGGGGAGUGGGUGGUGCACAAGGGCAAGCACGAGCUGCUCGACAGGCUCCGCAACGACCCCGCGCUCUCGGCCAACGCCUCCAUGCAGGCCGGUAUCGCCGACCUCUCGCUCCUCUUUGAGUACCUCGAGUCCUUCGACAUCCUCGACCGCGUCUCCUUCGACCUCGGCCUCGCCCGCGGCCUCGACUACUACACCGGCCUCAUCUACGAGGUCGUCACCGAGGGCUCCGCCCCCGAGGCCACACCCGGCGCCGCGUCGGCGGCAGCCACCACCCCUGCUCCCAGGCGCAAGGGCAAGAGCGGCGACGACGACGACCGAUCGAACGAUCCCACCGUCGGCGUCGGCAGCGUUGCCGCCGGCGGCCGCUACGACAACCUCGUGGGCAUGUUCUCCGGCAAGAGCCAGAUCCCCUGCGUCGGCAUCUCCUUUGGCGUCGACCGCAUCUUCUCCAUCACAAAGGCCCGCAUGGCCGCCGACAAGUCGGCCGCCCCGGUGCGCAACAACGAGGUCGACGUCUACGUCAUGGCGUUUGGCGGCAAGGGCUUUGUCAACGAGCGCCUGGCAGUCUGUGCCAAGCUGUGGGAGGGAGGCAUCAAGACCCGCCAUCAGGACAGCUUGCUAAUCUAUCGUGUCCACCAGGCCGAGUUCUUGUACAAGGUCAAGCCCAAGGUGCCGCAGCAGUUCAAGGCCGCCGAGGCCAACGGCGUGCCGUUCGCCAUCUUCCUCGGCGAUGACGAGGUUGCUCAGGGCAACGUCAAGAUCAAGGAGAUGGGCCUCCGCGACGGCCACCCGGAGAAGGAGGGCAUCCUGGUCAGCCUUGACAAGAUGGUCGACGAGGUCAAGUCCCGUCUGGAGCGGAAGAGGGAGUUGGAGAGCGUAGUCCAGCAGGCUGAAGGGCUCCGCGUUGUCGACGGCAUCAAGACGGACGAUGUCCCUGCUACUGCUGCUACGGCUGAAGAAGCGGCGCCUAGCACUACCCAAUAG